ACUAAUUAACCCAAAUAUUCAAUUUCAAACGGUCGGGUUUAAGGGAUUCGGAUCUUAAAUUCGCCGAUCAUCGUUACCGAUUCGAACGUUGGCCACAAAAGAGGAGUUAAGUAACAUCUUCGUUUUCCAUGCGGUGUUCUUCUCUCCGAUCCAAAACCUUAGCGUACUUUCGAUCGUUCCCGUGGCUAUAAUCAACGUCAGUCUCAUACAUCUUCCUUGUUACCUGAGAGUUCCCUUCCGUUUCGGACUCACUCGUCGGAGAUGAUAUUUCAACUCAGGACCGCCUUAUUGGUUGAUCGUAUUCACUAAUUCGGCUCGCGUCUUGUCUAUUUUUCCAACGGUACUGUGGAAUCGCGUUCCCGUUCACAGUUACCAUCUCGGCUGAUGACAUCGUGAUUGUAAGCUAUUUAGAUCUUUUCAAGUGUUUGUUGGAAGUAAGGAAUAUUAUUUAUGCUAAUCCGCAUGGACUAAACAAGUCUGCUAAAGAAGAGGAAUCUCGUAAGAAGUCAACACCUUUACAGAUUACUGUGGAGAGAGAAACUACCCCGAAUGGUCAGCUUGUCUGUAUAUCUUACACUGAUCUGAAGAUUCUUUACUUGUAACUUAUUUUGCUUCAGGGAUGAAGAAUUUGUUGUGAAAGUGAGACAUGUUUUACAUGAAAGCUCAGACAUAAUUUUGAGCCUUUGUAUAGAACAUUUUCGUCCUGCAUUCACUCCUUUUAAGAAACUAUUUUUCUACAUUCCAUGUCAUGGACCCUCCCAAUUCCAAGAGACCUUGCCAUGCCCCUUCGGUUACCUCCUCCAUAGAAUUCCCUUGUUCCCUCCCCACUGCUCCUGGUUUCAACCAAAGCAACAUCGAUAUGACUAUCUCUUCUUUCCUUUCGUUGUCGGACUUGCCUUUGUUCUCCUCACCACUCUCUAUGGGAUGCUCUUUUGACCGAGUGCUUGAUAAAGUUAUUCCCUCAGCAGUUGGAACUUCCCAUGAUGAAUUCAAGCAGGAUCGUUUCCUGGAUCAUACUCUCCAACUCGCAUCACUUCUUUACAAGUCCACUGAACGCUGUAUCAGGAAACGCGCCACCCUCCAAAAUUCUAUAUCUUGGCCUCUCCUCCCUGAACUAACCAUUAAGGUCUUUUCAAUGCUUGAUACAAAGUCUCUCAUACAAGCUUCUGCAUGCUGCACAAUGUUCAACAAGUGUGCCACGGAUCGUGUAUGUUACUCUCACAUCGAUCUGACAACUGCUGCCAAACAUGUUGAUAAUGGAGUUGUGUGUAUAAUGAUCCAUCGGGCAGGAAAAGAACUCAGAUCCCUCAAACUUGGUUCUAUUUCUCCCUCAGCUGGAUAUAUAUCUUUACUCACAAGAUCCUGUCUUGCCCCGCUAACUUUUAAUCAUGGUUUUGCUGGGGGUCAUUUGAGAAGUCUACACCUUUACUAUCUCAGGAGUAUGGAUGUCGAGUCCUUAUCUACUGUGUUGUCAGCCUGUUUAAAUCUCACUGAUUUGAAGAUUGUUGGAUUUGUUCCACUUGAGCAGUUAGAGUUACUCACGAGAAACUGUCGCUUGAUAAAGCACCUGUUCAUUGAAAUAUAUUCUUCAGCAGGCCGUAUAACAGAUUCAAGCUUGUUAAAGUUUGUGGAUAACUGCGCCAACUUAAUUUCGCUAUCGCUCCUAUGCUUUCUGCUAAAUGACACCAUAGCACAAAAAUUAGUUAGGGGUUUUCGUCAACUUAAGUACAUCAAUCUGUCAAGAUCGCUUGAAAUUAGUGGUUGCUUUUUGAGGGGUUUGGGACUUAGCUGCAAAGAUAGUCCACUGGAGACUCUAAUAUUGCGCAACUGCUAUAAUCUAGAGGAGAGAGAAGUCUUGCUGUUUUUGAAUUCUUUACUCGCUGGAGACUUCAAAUCCAUUCGGCUUAUUGACGUAUCAAACCGCCAAGGUUUAGUUUGUGAUGGAGACAGUAGAACUUCUGAACCAAGAUUUCCUAUCGAGGAGCUGAAAAAACAAAGACCAAAUGUCACAUUUGUGGCAGUUUUUGAACCACAACCAUCAUUGUUAUCAUCAAGCUCAGGGGAGGUAUAUUCCGACGGCACAUCUUCCUGGAGUUCUAAUUAUAGCAGCGAUGAGGAGGAGGAUGACAAUGACUUGGACUAAAUAUGAAUACAAAGACCCCUAUAAUUUAUCUUUGGGGUACUUUGAGAGGUCUCCAAAAAGUCUAAAUCGUUUGUAUUCCUCCUUCUAAUCUUCUCCAUUAAUUUGGUAGUUAUGCUAAUGGAUUUGUCCAAGAAUUCAUGAAAUCUGUUUCUUAUACUCAAACAGUCUCUUCCUGUAAUCGAUUGAAGAAACACGAUAUCUUCAAAAGUAAGAAACCUUCAAAUUCCUCCUUC